CUCCGCCCCCGCCGGCGGACAGGCUCCCUGCCCACCGUCGUUCCACUAGGUCCCUGUCUCGCCUCCCGCCGCUCAGUUCCCGACUUCCUUGUGCCCGAGCCAUGUGUGGGAGCAGAUGAGGGAUUCUCUGGGUCCCCAUUUGGAACCUGGAGACCAGCUUCUGCUGACAAGCCCUUCAGCCCCUCUGGGCCUUAGUCUCCACUCCUGUAGAAUGAAGAUAAUGACACCUCCCUUAGAAGCCAGACAACUUUGUAAACCGAGUGAUUACUGUGGGUGAAAGCACUUUGCAAAGGCUUCAGUUGAAGCUCAGCCGUCGAUGCAGGUGUUGUUGCUGUUGUCCCUGCUUCAUCUGGAUGACAUUGUCGUUGCUGUUGUCACUGCUCCGUGUGGACUGGGUAGCCGGGUCGGGAAGUCCCGCUCCCUCUUCCCCACGGUGGAAACCUCGCACCGCCCGCCUCGGGGGCACUACUCCGCGCCAGCUCAGGAGAGCUCGAGAUAAGCGAGGGAGCCUCCUCUCCGGCAGGAUGACUGCCCCGGCGCAGGAGAGGGGGCCCCGUUGAGGGCGGCCGUAGGACUCGCGGGAGCAGGCAGCCGGCCAGGCCUCCUGUCCUGACAUGGAGAGUAACCUGUCUGGCCUGGUGCCUGCUGCUGGGCUGGUUCCUGCGCUGCCUCCCGCCGUGACCCUGGGGCUGACUGCGGCCUACACCACUUUGUAUGCCCUGCUCUUCUUCUCGGUAUAUGCCCAGCUCUGGCUGGUACUUCUCUAUGGGCACAAGCGUCUGAGCUAUCAGACAGUGUUCCUGGCACUCUGUCUGCUCUGGGCUGCCUUGCGCACCACCCUCUUCUCCUUCUACUUCCGAGAUACCCCCCGAGCCAACCGUCUGGGACCCCUGCCCUUUUGGCUUCUCUACUGCUGCCCUGUCUGCCUGCAGUUCUUCACCCUGACACUUAUGAAUCUCUACUUUGCCCAGGUUGUGUUCAAGGCCAAGGCGAAGCGCCGGCCGGAGAUGAGCCGAGGCUUGCUGGCUGUCCGAGGGGCCUUCGUGGGGGCCUCGCUGCUCUUUCUGCUGGUGAACGUGCUGUGCGCUGUGCUGUCCCGCCGGCGCAGGGCACAGCCCUGGGCCCUCCUGCUGGUGCGAGUCCUGGUGAGCGACUCCCUCUUUGUUAUCUGCGCACUCUCUCUUGCUGCCUGCCUCUGCCUUGUCGCCCGGCGGGCACCCUCCACCAGCAUCUACCUGGAGGCCAAGGGGACCAGUGUGUGCCAGGCAGCUGCGAUGGGUGGCGCCAUGGUCCUGCUCUACGCUAGCCGGGCCUGCUACAACCUGGCGGCCUUGGCCUUGGCCCCCCGGAGUCGGCUGGAUGCCUUCGAUUAUGACUGGUACAACGUCUCUGACCAGGCGGACCUGGUGAAUGACCUGGGGAACAAAGGCUACCUGGUGUUUGGCCUCAUCCUCUUUGUGUGGGAGCUGCUGCCCACCACCCUGUUGGUGGGCUUCUUCCGGGUGCACCGGCCCCCGCAGGACCUGAGCACCAGCCGCAUCCUCAACGGGCAGGUCUUUGGCUCCCGUUCCUACUUCUUUGACCGGGCCGGGCACUGUGAGGACGAGGGCUGCUCCUGGGAGCAUGGCCAUAGCGAGAGCACCAGCAUGUCGGGCAGCCUGGGCUCCGGCAGCUGGUACGGCGCCAUCGGGCGGGAGCCGGGCUGGUGCGGAGGCAGCCAGACACGGACCACUCCUCUGCUCUUCUCCCAGGUGCUGGGACCAGGUGGCCACCACCACAGUCUCUACUCCACCCCACAGACGUGAUGCCCUCCCACUGUCCCCGCUAGAACCCCCAGACCCUAGUCCUCCCGUCCCAGGUCCCUGUGCCAAGUUCAUCUGCCGCUUCUUGCCCAGGAUCAUGAGAGGCUGUGGCCGCCUCUGCCCCUGGCCGGCUCCUUGCUACUCCUGUCAUAGUGAGCUUGUGCUGUCCCCUAGGAUGGGGGGGCGUGGCCUGGCUGCCAGAUGCCCACAGCACCUUGGCAUGACCUGCCGUCUCCACUUCUGCACUGGAGCCACCUACCUCUCCUGCACCUGUCACUCAAUAAACAGUGUCCGUGCCCCUCGUC